CAUCACACAGAUACUCGGCUCCUAAAUUCCAAAACUUGAAAGCCCCAAAUUGGAGCGGAUGAAAGGUCCGAUACGAUACGAAACGUCAUCUCAUUCUCAUCUGGGCUGAAAAGUGUAUUAACAGGCGGACGAGAUUGAUACAGCGGUAGAGGGGAUCCAAGGAAUGGCGAAAGCUCGUAAGCAGCAGAAAAACGAGGAGCAGCAAAAAGCAGCAGGAGUUACAGAUGAAUCAGCCGGAACAACAGGAGGAGGAGAAGCAGUGGUUCGCCAUCAGAAGCUUUGUCUUUCAAUUGAUAUGGACAAGCGUCGAAUUUACGGUUACACGGAGCUUCAGGUGGUUGUUCCUGACAAUGGAAUUGUUGGGUUGCAUGCUGACAAUUUGGUAAUCGAGAGAGUAACAGUAAAUGGGGAGGUGGCAGAGUUUGAAGUCUUUCCUCAUUAUUUACAUUUAGAUAACGAUAAUAGAUGGUGUUCAGUUUCAUCAGCGAGUUCAGCAGCUGAUGCUGCUGGUUCGGUCUACUUAUCAUCUAUUGACAGAGAGUUAGUUCCCAACUUAUUAAUAAUGUGUGCAUCCAAGGAUGUACAAUCUGUGGAUGAACAUCAACAUGGCCAAGAAAACUCAGAUAACGGGUUGCAAUCUUCAGGUGAAUUCAAACAGAAUUCGAAAUUGAUUCACAUCGACUAUUGGGUAGAUAAGGCUGAAACAGGAAUACAUUUUAACAAAGAUGUUCUCCACACUGAUAAUCAGACAAGGCGUGCAUGCUGUUGGUUCCCUUGUAUGGAUGAUGACUUACAGUGCUGCUGCUAUGAUCUGGAAUUCACUGUGGCCAAUAAUCUUGUAGCAGCCAGCACUGGAAGCUUGCUUUAUCAGGUAUUGAAUGAAGACGACCCUACACGCAAAACAUAUGUCUACAGAGUAGACGUUCCUGUAUCUGCUCGGUGGAUCUCCCUUGUUGUUGCACCGUUUGAAAUCAUUUCUGAUAAUAAUUGUUGUCUUUUAUCAUACAUGUGUAUGCCUAAUAACUUGUCAAGAUUACGCAACAGUGUUGCAGUUUUCCAUCGUACAUUCAGUUAUUAUGAGGAUUACCUUGGCACAUCCUUUCCGUUUGGGUCAUACACGCAAGUCUUUAUUGCUCCUGAGAUGGCGAUAUCUUCAUCAACUGUAGGAGCUUCCAUGAGUAUUUUUAGCUCCAAGAUUUUAUUUGAUGAAAAAGUUAUUGAUCAGACUAUGGAAACAAGGAUUAAACUUGCAUAUGCUCUUGCAAGACAGUGGUUUGGAGUCUAUAUCACUGCUGCAUCACCGAAUGAUGAUUGGUUGUUAGAUGGUCUGGCUUGGUUCCUAACUGACUCGUUCAUUAAACAGUUUCUGGGGAAUAAUGAAGCACGCUAUAGGCGGUACAAGGCAAACUGUGCUGUCUGCAAAUCAGAUGACAGUGCCGCAACUGCUUUAUGCUGUUCCUUGUCAUGCAAGGAUAUAUAUAGAACUAAAUGCAUUGGCUUCAUUGGAAAAUUAAGGUCAUGGAAGUCUGUAGCAGUCCUGCAAAUGCUUGAGAAACAGAUGGGACCAGAGUCCUUUCGUAAAAUUUUGCAGAGAAUUGUCAUUCGGGCUAGAGAUGCAACUCAUAGUUCGAGAAGUCUUAGUUCCAAGGAGUUUCGGCAGUUUGCUAAUAAGGUCGGGAAUCUUGAGCGUCCAUUUCUAAAAGAAUUUUUUCCUAGGUGGAUCGAAUCUUACGGCUGUCCCAUGCUGAAGAUGGGAUUCUCCUAUAGCAAGCGGAAAAAUAUUAUUGAGUUGGCAGUAAUGCGUGGAUUUACGGCUAUGCCUGAUACAAGUACUGAACCAACCUACGGUAAAGCUGAAUCUGAAAACCGAGAAGGUGGAUGGCCAGGAAUGAUGAGCAUUAGGGUUCAUGAACUUGAUGGCAUGUAUGACCAUCCGAUACUACCAAUGGCUGGGGAAACAGGGCAACUGCUUGAAAUACAAUGCCAUUCUAAACUUGCUGCAAAACGUUUUCAGAGACCGAAAAAGGGUGCAAAGCCAGAUGGUUCCGAUGAUAAUAAUGAAGCUCCGCCUAGUGUGGAUAUUCGUUCAAACAAUGAUUCACCACUGUUGUGGAUCAGGGCUGAUCCAGAAAUGGAGUAUCUAGCUGAAAUAGAUUUUAACCAACCUGUGCAGAUGUGGAUAAAUCAAUUGGAGAAAGAUAAAGAUGUUGUUGCUCAGGCACAAGCGAUCGCAACACUUGAAAUGCUGCCACAACUUCCGUUCUCGGUGGUGAAUGCCCUUAACGGUAUCCUUACUGAUUCAAAGGCCUUCUGGAGAAUUCGGGUUGAGGUGGCAUUUGCAUUGGCUAAUACUGCAUCUGAGGAAACUGAUUGGGCUGGUUUGCAGUAUCUCCUAAAAUUUUACAAAAGCCGCAGAUUUGAUGCUAACAUUGGACUCCCAAAGGCUAAUGACUUUCGUGACUAUCCAGAAUACUUUGUACUCAAGGCUAUUCCACAUGCCAUAGCUAUGGUCCGUUCUUCAGAUAAUAAAAGCCCCCGGGAAGCUGUGGAGUUUAUUUUGCAACUUCUAAAGUACAAUGAUAACAACGGGAACCCGUUUUAUGAUGUCUUUUGGCUGGCUUCAUUAGUGCAGUCGAUUGGCGAGCUAGAAUUUGGUCAGCAGAAUAUUAUAUUUUUAUCAUCACUCCUCAAACGUAUCGAUAGGCUUUUGCAAUUUGACAGGAUAAUGCCGAGCUACAAUGGUGUUCUGACAAUUAGUUGCAUCCGCACUUUGACUCAAAUUGCAAUAAAGCUUAAUGGUUUCAUCCCUUUUGAUCGUGUUUUCGAGCUGAUCAAACAGUUCCGCUCACCUGACACUAUGUGGGAAGUUCGAAUUGAAGCAACAAGAGCACUUCUUGAUCUUGAGUUCCAGUGCAAUGGAAUUGACGUAGCCUUGAUGCAAUUCAUUUCAUACUUAGGGGAGGAAUCCUCAUUAAAAGGUCAGUUGAAGUUGGGUGUCCAUGCUGUGCGCUUAUGUCAGCUAGCUGGAUCUGCUCAUGACAACCCCAUAAAAACUGAAACUCUUGUGGCUUUACUUUGCUUGCUGGAGUGUCCAGUGGCUUUCAACAAUGUUAAUCUUCGGCAUUAUUUGUUCUGCAUUUUGCAAGUACUUGCAGGAAGGCCCCCAACACUUUCAGGGGUCCCUAGGGAUGAGACGCUGCGGAUGGGCCAUGCUGAGACUUGUACUGAAUUGAAGAAUAUUUUUGCUGCUCUUGUGAAGCACUCUAAGCCUCCUGUUUGCACUCUAAAUCCAACAUAUGAAGAUGGUUCAGGAGUUCCAGGUGCUACCAGAGAAGUGGAUACUGAGGAAAUCAAGUCUCCUGUGCCCUUAUUGGACACUAUCACCCUGGCUAACGGUGUUCCAGUUUUCCCAGAGUCUAAAGAAGUAGAUAACAUUUUCAACACCUAUGAGCAGAACAUCCCAGUUAUUGAUCUGUCACAUGAUGGUUCUACCAUACCAGAAAGUUACAUAGACAUAGAUGAUAUAUCCAAAAGUCACAACCAAACCCAGAAAAUUUUUCAACAAGAUUGUUCAAUGUUUGAAGGUGCUAGAAAAGUAGAUGUGGUUUCCUGUAGUCAAGAGCGAAGAAAACCAGUUGUAAAACUUAAAGUCAAGCAAUCUGUUGCAACCAAUAAUGCGGAAGAUGCUGAAAAUGCAACAUAUGGAAAAUCUCAGGGGGUGCGUGAUGAUGCUGAUCGUGGAGCUAGUAGUUACAUCUCUGUGGAUGCAGCCGAAAGAAAUUUAACAGAGCCUGUCAGUUUAAGUAAUCAAAGUAUUGAGGAUGUAAAUUCAUGUCAUGAUGUUGGAUCCCAUGCGACUGCAAGCAUUGGCAGCGCCAACAAACUAGUAAGUGGUGGUAAUGACUUAAUAAAAGAACUCCAGUGUACUGCUGAUUCAAGUAAAUACUCAGUAUUUACUCCACCAGAAAUUCGGUUACCUGAUGUUGCUGAUAUAGAUAUAGGAGACUGUAAAUAUGUUAGUCUACAGUCAGUUUCUGGGACACUUAGUGCUCUUGAUGAUGGAUCGCGGAGAGUGGAGAAUCCUUAUGUUCAUAGUAGAGGGAAAGAACAGAAGAAAAGCAAAGAUAAGAAAAGAAAGAGACAUGAUCACAAAAGCAACCGUGAUGAUCCAGAGUAUCUCGAACGCAAGCGACUGAAGAAGAAAAAAAAGCAGAGGCAGAAGCAAUCGGGUAUGACAGGAAGCAGGGAGGCAUCUCCAUCUUUAGCAGCAUUGGGUGAUGAGGUGAAAUCUAAAGUUAGUGUCGGGCCUCUUAACCAGGAGGUUAAGACUGGAAACUCUGUUCAUGAAUCUAAGUUGGCAAUAGUCAAAGGAGAGGAACAGUUAUCUCCUCUGGAUCAGAGAAAGGCAGACUUGUCUGCAGAAGUGGCAUCUUUGCAGAUGUCUCGUGCUGAACCAAGCACUGCUACAAGGCAGGAAGGCGGCACGUCACGCAAAAUUAUAAUCAAACUAAAAACUAGACCAGUAGGCAAACCAUAAUCAUUAAGUUCUAGAUGUUUACUGUAGGAUCUUCAUGCAUUGUUUCUGUAAAAUAAUGUACACAGAUCUAGUAUGAGCACUUUAUUUUUUUGUGGAAGUUUCUACAAAAGAAUCCCUUCCAGGUUACACACUUGGAUGACGCAUAUGCAGAAGGGAUGCUUUGUUGUCCAAA